AUGAGAACUGGUGUAAUGCUUAUCCUCAUUUGCGAUAUCCUUGCCCUUGUUUCUUAUAUCAUCAAUGCUGUUUUGGCAGCUAGAGUAAGAGAUGAUAAAUAAGCAAUUAUAGAAAAUGCAUUAAAAUAUAUUAUGGACAACAAAGUCAGCUUCCCCUUUGAUCUAGAUCUAGAGAAGUUAGUAUACAAUUCACUUGAUUUGAUGAUCGGGAUAUCAAGUUUAAUGGCUGGCAUUGUCUUUUUUCCAAGAGUUGUGGUUUAUAUUUACAUGAGGAAUGAAAAGGAUGGAUAUUCAAGAAGAAAAAUAACAUCAUAUGUUAGAGUCGUAACGUUGGUGCUUUAAAUAUUAAUGCUUCUAUCAGCAAUUAUUGGAUUGAUAAUCUUGCUUAAGCAAUCUUACCUCAUUAUUUCAUUCAUCAAUAUUCCUGGUAUUGUGGCAUAUUCUUUAGUUUUGGUUUGGGUCCUUGCUUUUGACAUAUACUUUUCAUGCGUAUAUCAUAAGUAUUACAAGAAAGGGUUUAAUAAAACAAAAAAGGCAUAGAAAACACCUAUACAAGACAUUAGUUAAACAGCCAGUGAUCUUAACACUUCUUCAACAGUAGAUAUAAAUAAGCCUUACAUUCCAGAUCAACACUUUGGAAAUGAAAAUAAAAGUAGAAGAAAAUCAGAAAUGAUACAUAAUAAAACAUCACCAAGCAAGCGUAGCUCUGUCUACAGUAAUGAAUAGUAGAGACCCUCUAUGACUUAUAAUCAAAAUAUAGAUAUAGCAUACUAGGAUGAAGUCACUUCUCCAUCAAAGAAAAAGAAAAAGAAGGGACGUAGAUCAUAAAUUUAUUGA